AUGAAGAAGAAGUCAGUGAUAGUGACCAGUCUGAUUGUGGUGGUGUCUCUGUUUUUGGUGGUGAUUAACUGUUCGGAGAAACCCUACUUCCUACUGCAGCCUGUAUUUGGCCAAAGCUUCAGCAGAAAUUGGAUGUUCUCUCGUCCACCACACAAAGCCUUCAAACCUCACCACGGCUACCUCAGCGUUCCCAACCAGGAGCCGCUGAAGCUGCAUUGUGAAGUAUGCAGUGUAGUGUCCAGCUCUGGCCAGAUAUUGGCACGUGAGGCAGGGGCCGACAUUGACCAGUCCUCCUGCAUAUGGAGAAUGAACAACGCACCCACCCGGGGCUUUGAGAGGGAUGUGGGACGCAGGACAGACCUGAGAGUUGUGUCUCACACAAGUGUUCCUCUGCUAAUCCAAAAACCCCAGCACUUCUUUGGACAGGGGAAUGAGACCAUCUAUGUGGUCUGGGGACCACUGCGCAAUAUGAGGCAGGAUGGGAAAGGCGUUGUUUACAACAUGCUGCGACAAGCGGUUGAAAACUACCCACAGGCUCGCAUUUACGUCACCACAGAAGAGCGCAUGAAUUACUGUGACACUGUUUUCAAGAAGGAGACCGGCAAAGACAGGAUUCAGUCUGGAUCGUACCUGAGCACCGGUUGGUUCACGCUUAUUCUGGCAAUGGACAUGUGCAAGGAGAUUCGAGUCUACGGCAUGAUCAAUGACACAUACUGCAAAUCAGAAGGAUACAAGAAGGUGCCAUACCACUACUAUGAAGCAGGGAGUCGUGACGAAUGUGCAGAAUACCUCCUGCAUGAGAGCGCUCCUUACGGCGGCCAUCGCUUUAUCACCGAAAAGGCAGUUUUUGCAAAGUGGGCUAAGACACACCCCAUCAAAUUUUUCAGUCCGGAGUGGCAGCUGUCGUGACCCAGACUCCCAUUCUUUCCGAAUAUUCCCUAGCACUACCACUCUGUUGGCUAGUUCCCACUUUAUCACAAUGUAAAAACACUUGCCAUGCAGUGGCAAACAAAUCAUUCCGAUGGUGAUUUCAAACUGCAGUUGUCUGAGGAAAGUAACUACCCUACACCAUGAGGAAACAUCGAAACUCUGACGAACAUCUAACAAAUCUGAUGUUGAUUGUUGCAUGCUCUCAUUUUGUACUCGCCUGGAAAAUCAAGUAGUUUACAUUUUUUUCGGGGGCACAUCAGCAAAACACGUUACAAACAUGUUCAAUCUUUCAUCACGUCAGAUGCAUUCACAUUAGGGCUGGCUUUUGAUGAUUUUUAUGUUUAUAUAAUUUGGUCUGAAAUGGCUUAUGGGGCAUUUUGCACCUAAAAUAAAUUCAAAUAGAACAAAACAAUGUAAAAUCAGUGCAGUGGAAGGCAAAACUGUGUUUUGUGGAAAUGGAACAAAAUAUAGUAUAUCAACAUUUCGUUUUUUUGUACUAAACGGGCGAUUAAAAAUAUCUACACGGAAAUAAAUAAAUGCAAAUAAAUAGCUGAAUGAAAUUUUGAAUAAAUAAAUGUACAGGAAUUAACUAAACUUAAAAACUAAAUACAUUUUUACUACCAAAAUCUAUAUUAGAGGUGCUAUUAAAACAUUAUGUGCGUCCCAAAUUGCAUACUUAUAUUAUUUACACUGCACAAUGGUGCAGAAUGGCGUAGAUAAGUAGUGGAUUCACACUGAAAAUUGUCAAAAUUCAAGAAAAAUGGACUUUAAAUAUAUGAUGUACACAUGAUUCAGCUGUUAAAAAAGAAGCGUAGAAUGUUAAACACUUCAUGCACUCAACAGUAGCAGCUUUGCUAGCAAAAAGGGCAGGAGCUAUCGGGAGCUGAGAUUACGUUCCUUUAAUUUAUUUUGGAGUUUCCAAGCAAAAUUCUCCCAUAUAAGUGAUUAUAUCCCAAUGGUGAAUCUGGUUGCACUCACGACAGGUACUAUUUGGUAGUUUGGUCUUUUAUUUAACAUAUUUGGCAACCAUUAAAUGUUGCCUGGGAAAUGGUUAGAAUUUCUGUUUAGAUAAAUAAUAUUAGUGUUCCAUUUUGGAUGACACUAUGAUUAUAUCCAGACCCCCUAAUUUUUCAUAAUUUUUUUGCGAUUAAAAUUGUGGUAACUGUGUGGUGGUAGUAAAUUUGCAGAAAAAUUUUAAAUUAAAUUUG